AUGGAUAGGGUUAAAGUGGUGAAGCUACCAUUCAAACCAGUUGCCUUCAUGCCUGAACAACAAGAUAUGGAGAGUGAGGAAGUCAAAACCCUUAAGGAAGAAAUAGAAAAGAUGAAGCAGAAAAAUGGUAAGCUUGUUAAUGAUCUUCAGAAAGCUCACCAUGAAUAUAUAGAUCUCAAACAUGACAUUGAAGCCAGGAUCAGAACUUGUGAUGUAUUAAUAAAGAAGCAGAGAGAGGAAAGAAACCAUCACUUUAGAGUACAACAAGAUCUCGAGGCAGCUAACAAAGAGCUAGCUUUGAGAGGCAAAGAGAAGAAAACGGUGGUAUUGUCUGGAUGUGAGAAAAUUGCAUUAUGUGAAGAAUUGGCAAGAGACAAAAGGGAGGCCUUAAACAAGCUGCGAAAUGCACAGGUUAGGAUUAAGGAAAUGGAGCAACAGACAGAAAAAAUGACAGCAGCUUAUGAGGCAAAGCUAGAAGAAGAGCGUUGGUAUAAAGCAGAGUUAGAAAAUGACAUACAGUACAGGAAUAGAGAGUUUGAGAGACAGAUGAAGGAUACAGUAUCAACUUAUGAAGCAAAAGUGGCUGAGGAGAGUUGGUACCGGGCAGAGUCGGAGGAGGAAAAUCAGAGAUUGAUAACUGAAUGUGCUUAG